AUGUCUGACGAGCCGAAUAAUUUAUCUUCGAAUGAAGAUAAUGGAAAUAAAAAGUCGAAAGAUCAAAAGUCUUCGAAAGAUGUUUGCGAUGAAUGUGGAAUCGAAUAUAUUCCAAUGAAAUAUACAGAGAAUGAUUAUGUUAAUCUCUCAACAUUUAAAUUGUUUUCUCAAAACGUACGUCCAAUUAUCAAUUCUCGCUAUCCCAAGCUACCGACACAAAAAAUCAUGACUUUAAUGGCUGCGUAUUGGCGCGAAUUUCUCGAACUGAAGGGUGCACAACAAAAUGCGUCGAAUAACACAUUGACCGACUCGAACAAUGAUCAUGAUGCAAUGGACACCGAUGAGCCUCGAUCGAGUCGUUCGCGUCGUCGUCGAACAGCUCCACAAGAUGAUAACGAUCAAGAUGAUACAGGAGGCGAUCAGCAGGAUGAUGAUGAUCUCAAUACAACUGCUUCGCCACGACAGUCGUCAUCAAAGAAUAACAAUAAGAAGAUUCCUUCGUUGAAAAUCAAACUGCAAAAAGACCAAGCUGCAGCGCUUGCAGCCAAAGAACAAAUAAAUGACGAGGAAGAAGUGAAAACGACGAAGAAGUCCAGUCGACAGCGAAAACGUAAACGACGUGACGACGACGAUCCAGCCAAUGAAUCCGAUGCGGAAUUUGAGGCCAUGUUAGUACAGAGUGAACUGACUGAGGAAGAAGAAGUGCCCAAGAAGAAACGUGUGAAGAAACCUCCUAAACCACCCAAACGUAUUGCCCGAUUGAACAAUCGUCGACAACUGCAAGCCGCAGCUGAAGAAGCAGCAAAUUUACAACUCGAUCAAAUCGGCUACGAAACAAAUCAUCAGGAUUACUGUGAAGUAUGUCAACAGGGUGGAGAAAUUAUUCUUUGUGAUACAUGUCCCAAAGCUUAUCAUCUUGUUUGUCUGGACCCCGAACUUGAACAAGCGCCCGAAGGUGAUUGGUCAUGUCCCGAAUGUACAAAGAAUGGUAUCUCAAUUCGAACAAGACAGGCUGCAGCUAUUGCCGCAGCUCGACAAGCGAAAGAAGACGACGACAAUCAUAUGGAAUUUUGUCGAGUUUGCCGAGAUGGUGGUGAACUAUUAUGUUGUGAUCGAUGUCCAUCAUCAUAUCAUAUGCAUUGCUUAAUUCCUCCAAUGACAGUCAUACCGGAAGACGAUUGGUUUUGUCCACGAUGUACUAUUGAACCACCACCUAAUAUUGUUAAGAAAAUUCUCACUUGGCGUUGGGUCACUCAUCCAGAUCCUCAUUCAUCCGUCACCACUGAUACAACCACAACUGAGACAACUAAAGUUGACGAAAACGGUGAAACGGCAACCACGACGACGACGAUCGUUGAAAAGCAUACAAUAACGACAACAACAGCUGCUGAUGCUGUUCCGCCAGCGGAAGGUGCUGACGCUGGUGCUGACGUUCAACAACGUUUAAUUCCAACUUAUGACUUAAAUGGGGUACCAGGCGCACCACGUGGCCCACCAAAAACACGCGAAUUCUUCGUUAAAUACGAUGGUUUAUCAUACUGGUCAUGCGAAUGGUUGCCAGAAUUACAAGUCGAAGUUCAUCAAUCAUCGCUCUGGCGUUGCUAUAUCAAGAAAGUUGGCGAUGCUAAGCAGCCACAACCAACUGUUGAUAUGGAUGGCGAAACUGAAGAUGUUGACGAUGAAGUAUCUCGACGAUAUUAUAAUCCCAAGUUAGAACAACGAUAUUAUAAGAAUGGCGUUCGACCAGAAUGGCUGUGUGUACAUCGUAUAUUGAACCACCGAAAAGAGAAAGGUACUCCGAUGUACUACCUCGUUAAAUGGAGAGAAUUGGGCUAUGAACAAGCAACAUGGGAAUUAGAGAAGGAUGGCGAAUAUACUCAUGAAAUUGAAAAUUGGCAAGUACACAUUGAUAACUAUUGGAAACUAAGAAACGGACCUGAGGGCGAAGAGAAAAAGAAGAAAAGAUCCGGUUCAUCAAAAACAACACGUCGAUCAAAUCGUGAACUUGAAGAAAACCGUUUGGCCGAUGCUAAUGGUGAUUCAGGUGACGAGUCUGAACGUUCGGGCAAAUAUCCACCACCGCGUAAACGUUACGAAAAACAGCCCGACUUCAUCGAUGCCACGGGUGGUACACUUCAUCCUUAUCAAUUAGAAGGUUUAAACUGGUUACGAUAUUCAUUUGCUUCUAAUACCGAUGUUAUUCUUGCCGAUGAGAUGGGUCUCGGUAAAACUGUGCAAACAAUCGUAUUUCUUCAGGCACUAUUGAAAGAAGGCCUUUCUCGAGGACCGUUCUUGAUCAGUGCGCCAUUGGCAACAAUCAUCAAUUGGGAACGUGAAUUUGAAUUUUGGGCACCGGAUAUGUACGUUGUCACAUAUACUGGAGACAGAGAAGCCAGAUCAGUCAUUCGUAAACAUGAAUUUUCUUUUGAAGAUGAUGCUAUUCGUGCCGGUCCUCGCGCAAGUCGAAUCAAAACGGGUGCGAAAGUUAAAUUUCACGCAUUAUUAACAUCCUAUGAAUUAGUCAGUGUGGAUUCAGCAACAUUGUCAUCCGUUGAUUGGGCUGUCUUGGUUAUUGAUGAAGCUCAUCGUUUGAAAAAUAAUCAAUCAAGAUUUUUCCGAACAUUAUUUGAGUUCAAUAUUGGAUACAAAGUACUUUUGACUGGUACACCAUUGCAAAACAAUCUUGAAGAACUUUAUCAUUUAUUGAACUUUUUAAAACCUGAUAAAUUUAGUGAUAUGGAUGGAUUCUUGAAAGAAUUCAGUGAUUUAGCAAAAGAUGAACAAGUCGCCAAAUUGCAUGAUAUCUUAGGUUCACAUAUGCUGCGUCGUUUAAAGGCCGAUGUCUUGAAGAAUAUGCCAUCGAAAUCUGAAUUUAUCGUUCGAGUCGAAUUAAGUCCGAUACAGAAGAAAUACUAUCGUGCUAUUUUAACCAAGAAUUUCGACGCUUUGAAUGUCAAAGGCGGCGGUGGACAAGUAUCUUUGUUAAACAUUGUUAUGGAAUUGAAGAAAUGUUCCAAUCAUCCAUACCUGUUACCUGCUGGACAUUUUGACGCGCCACGUACACCAAAUUUAGCAUAUGAAGGCUCUGCAUUGAUAAAAUCAUGUGGAAAAUUGGAUUUAUUAGCUAAAAUGUUGACGAUAUUGAAAGAACAAGGACAUCGAGUUUUAAUCUUUUCACAAAUGACCAGAAUGUUAGAUAUUCUAGAAGAUUUUCUAGAAUAUCUAGGUUAUAAAUAUGAACGUAUGGAUGGUAAAACAGGUGGCUCUGAGCGACAAGAUGCCAUCGAUCGAUUCAAUGCACCUGGUGCCGAACAAUUUUGCUUUUUACUUUCGACACGUUCUGGUGGUUUGGGCAUUAAUUUAGCUACAGCUGACACAGUUAUUAUUUAUGAUAGUGAUUGGAAUCCACACAAUGAUAUUCAAGCUCUCUCGCGGGCUCAUCGUAUUGGUCAACAAAAUAAAGUAAUGAUUUAUCGUUUUGUUACGCGUGACACCGUCGAAGAACGUAUAACACAAGUUGCCAAAAAGAAAAUGAUGUUAACCCAUUUGGUCGUGCGACCGGGUGUUGGUCGCGGUACAAAUAUGAGUAAAAAGGAGCUCGAUGAUAUCUUACGUUUUGGUACAGAAGACCUAUUCAAGGAUGACGAUGAAGUUGUCGGUAAUGGUGAGGGUGGUGAAGGUGGAAGUGGUGCAAAAAUUCACUACGAUGAUGCCGCUAUCGAAAAACUACUCGAUCGUUCUCAAGAGGGCAUUCAGGAGAAAGAAGAUGGUCUCAAUGAAUAUUUAUCCAGUUUUAAAGUUGCAUCCUAUGCUACACGUGAAAUGAAUGAAGACGAAGAAGAAGAUUUUCGUGAGCAACCGGCUGUUGAAGAAGCCUUUGAUCCAAACUAUUGGGAAAAACUAUUACGUGUCCAAUUCGAACAAGAAAGAGAAUUAGAAAGUCAUGCAUAUGGUAAAGGCAAACGAUUGAAACGUCAAGUUAAUUACGCGGUGCCAACCAAUGAUGAAAACUGGAAUGAACACAAUUCAGACAUUGCUAGCGAAUACGACGCACCGUCAGCUGGUGGCGAAGAUGAAGAUGUUGACUUCUUCGAUGAAACACCUGAUCGACGACGUAAACCAGGCCGUGAUCGUCCAUUACCACCAUUGAUUUCCAAGUCAGGUCCAAAUAUUGAAAUCUUAGGCUUCAAUCCUCGACAACGCAAAGCGUUCUUAAAUGCAAUUAUGCGUUUCGGCAUUCCACCGCCCGAUGCAUUCAAAUCACAAUGGUUAGUCCGAGACCUACGUUGUAAAUCGGAAAAAGAAUUCCGUGCUUAUGUUUCGUUGUUCAUGAAACACUUAUGCGAAAAUAUCACCGACAACACGGAAACAUUUUCUGACGGUGUUCCACGCGAAGGCUUAUCUCGACAUCAUGUUCUAUCUCGUAUCGGUAUCAUGUCAUUGAUCCGUAAGAAAGUUCAAGAAUUCGAAACUGUCAAUGGAACUUGGUCGAUGCCAGAUCAAGCACCACUGAAUGAGAAUUCCAAUGAUGCUAUUGAGGACGUUAAGCCAGCGAACAAUGACAAACCAGCCACCAAUGAGAAUACUCAAGCAAGUGAAUCGAAUGAAACAUUGACAACAGCCAGUUCAAGUAAUAAUUUAAUUGGCGAAUCGAUGAGUUUAAGUGAUUUAAUCAAUAACAAAAACGAACCAAAUGAUGUUGAAAUGAAAGACACCACAGCAACGAAUGAAGAAGAAAAACCUAGUAGUGAAAAACAAAUCACUGAAGAAAAGCCGGAAGCUACCAAUCCACCUGCUGAAAAUAACAAACCUACUUCAAACAAUCGUAAAUCUCAAAUGAAUCGAAGCGAGAAGCUAAAAGAUUUCAAAUUUAUGUUCAAUAUCGCCGAUGGAGGUUUCACUGAACUUCAUUGUCUGUGGCUAAACGAACAACGUGCAUUAGUGCUGAAUCAUGAACAUGAUAUUUGGCAUCGCCGUCAUGAUUAUUGGUUAUUAGCAGGUGUGGUGACCCACGGCUAUUCACGUUGGCAAGAUAUUCAAAUUGAUCCGAAAUUUUCCAUUAUCAAUGAAGCAUUCAAAAAGGAUAUGGGCAAGGGAAAUUUUCUAGAAAUGAAAAACAAAUUUCUUGCCCGUCGAUUCAAACUACUCGAACAAGCACUUGUUAUUGAAGAACAAUUACGUCGUGCUGCUUUCCUAGGCUUAGCUAUGGAACAAACCAACCCAGCAUUGACAUUAUCACAACGUUUUAGCGAGGUUGAAUGUUUAGCUGAAUGUCAUCAGCAUUUGUCCAAAGAGUCCUUAGCUGGUAAUAAACCUGCCAAUGCGGUCUUGAACAAAGGUAAGAUGGAUUUGCUUGAUUUAACUAUUCCUAUCAUUCGAUGUUUAGUUCUCACGCAAUUGGAAGAAUUACUGAGUGAUAUGAAGCAGGAAAUCAAUAAACUACCGGCAACAUUAGCUCGACUUCCGCCUGUUUCGCAACGAUUGAACAUGUCGGAACGAAAUAUUCUUUCUCGAUUAACAAAUGGUCAGGCACAACAAACUUCUGGUUCACCAUCAGCCACAACAACAGCAGCAGCAACAACAACAACAACAACAACGGCAACCACAACGUCAACCACACCAGCUGCUACUACCAAUGGUAACGGUUACGCUUAUGCCAAUUACACAAACUAUAUUGGACCAUUUGCUCUUCCCACAACCAACACCACGUCUAAAACAGCAACAAGUGCAUCGACAACAUCCGUUGAUUCGUCACCCUCACGAAAAUCUUCAACACCAAAUCUCGCUCAAUAA